CACUUAUUUUCCUCAGUUGGAUCCUCUUUCAUUCUCUGUAUUUGUUCCAGUUUCUCUCUCUGAAUCCAACCUUCCUCUGUUUGCAGAUUUAUUCAUCUUCCACUAAAGCAGAUGCGAUGAUCAAGUUGGACGAAGCUAUCAAGAGAAGUGGUGAUCAAGAGGUCCCUCAAUAACCAAGAAUCCAUUCAGUAAGUCAUCUCGAUACUCUUAUUCUCUAGCUUUGUUGUGCAUAUCUCACUAUUAUCCUCCAUUUUUCAGAUCUGCGAGGGCGACGACGGGAAAUCGGGUUUUAAGUAACCCAGAUUUCCGAUGGUGAUCAUGCCAGGAUGUAGGGGUAAAGGUAGCAAAUUUUAUUCAGUUCAAAAUCUCCAAUCAAAAUCCUUCAGUUCCUCUUUUUUCUCCCUUUUUCACUUUUCGAUCACUUGAUGCAAGCAUUGUUGUCAUCGAUUAAACAACAAGAUCAGUGUUCUCAUCAGUUGGUAGUUGUUACAAACCUCCCGGACAUCGGAUCGUAGCGAGGAUGGAUUGUGUCUUCUUUGUCGACAGGAGGUUGUGGCGGAAGGGAUCUGUAAAGUGGAUUCGAGAAGGUAGAUAUUAACUGCUUGAUCGGCGCUGCCGCUGACAACUACCAUAUCCGCUUUUGCUGUGGCGGUCUGUUUCAUUUCCUCUGUCUCUAUCAAGAUUACAGUUGUAUAUGUAUAUUCUCUCUCUCUUUCUAAUGGAUCCGUUAGAUACUUUUCGUGAGAAGUACUGGACGUUAUUUUGUUGUUAAAGCCAGUGGUCAGGUGUGUAGUUGGCGUACCGGGGGAUUGCUCGAGCUCAAGAGAUAUACGUGACGGAUUUUGGGAGAUUUAGACACGAUUUGGAGUUUGGGUAGAUUCUGAGUUUAUAGCCUAUGCAUGUUCUGUUUGAGUUCCAAGUGAUUGUAUUCUUUUCAAUUUUCAAUGUGGGUCGUUCUCUCUUUCUCCUUCAUAAAUUUGUGAUGCUGAUCUUUUGCGAGAGGAAGUAAUGGUGAUGUAUUUUGUGUUUUUUUCCUUCUGUUUGCUGUUGGUAAACCAUGUUAUGACUUUAAUGUUGUUUUUUUCUUCUUUUUGUAGCUGGUCUUUUGGACGUCAGGGGAGGUGGCUAAGUUUUGGGCGAGAAGAAGCACACAAGGCAAAGCCAUUUACAAUUAUAAUGGUUUCUGGUGUGAGAGAAUCUCAACAGAAUCAGAGGAACAAUGCACUCACAUUUUGUAGCAACAAAUGAUUCUCUUCACCGUGUAUUAUACUCUUACAUGUAACUUGAAAUCCGAAAAUCUCAUAUCAAUCAACCCUAUUUUGGACUCUGCCGUUAACCUGGUAUAUUCUUACUAUUGUUUUCAUGUUCUUCAUUCAAACUUUACAGAUAGGAAUAUUGAUCCACUCAAAUGAAAGCAGUGGAGGGUACAACUAUUCGUGUCCAUAAGCCAGCAGAUAUGCAUUGUUCAAUUAGGUUGUGUUUAAACUUGAGUGGAUAUAAGAACCAAACAAGUUGGCUGCGUAUGUGACAAAAAUUGUAAUGGACACUUUGUCAAAUAGGACAAUGGACAUGAAUGCAUCAAGUCAUCAACACAAUGGAUAUGGUCAUCGAUAGAAGGUAUAAAGUGGAAGUGUAUUUUUAUAUAUACCACAUAUAGAAGUGACCAUUUAAAAUCACCAAUCGUCCAAUCUAAUUCUCUAAUCAUCCAAUCUAAUUCAUCCAAUAGAGAAUUCAAUAAAUUGGUAAUCGAGAUCCAAUCUGGCUGAUGGAUUUCAGGGAUGAAAUUGUGGAUUGUUGGAAAAUUGAGGAUUAAUUAAUACCCUUACUUUCUUAUGUUUUAUAUUAUGAUACAUACAAUUUAAAUUUCAAGCCAAUUGAGUCAAAUUGUCUCAUGCAAUUCCUUCAUCCAAACAACCCCUAUCGAUUCAUCAAUCCAUUCCACUAAUCUAUAUCUAAUUCAUUUGAUCACCUCUAAUCACAAAUCCCGACGCGAAGCGCGGGCAAGGAAGACUAGUAAUAAUAGAGAACAAAGAAGAAACACAAACGUAAGUUUUUCCUUUCGCAUCUCAUAAUAAAGGGAACAGAAAAGGGAUGCUUCGUGCUUCCUUCUUCCUUCUUCCCUUUGUAUUUUUCUUGUGAGUGAUGAGACUUCUCGGUAGCUGGUUCAAGUUAUUGAUAUACUUUUUUUUUGAAUCUUUGUAACGAGCGAAGCCGUCCCUGCUUGCGCCAGGACCCGAUCGACCCGUCGCUAGUCGGUGUAAGUUAACACCCACAACCUGUUCGAUAAAAUUCCCCACUGGGUGGGCGGAGUAGGCAUUUUUCUUCUCCGGGGAUAGUCAUCUCGUUGCUUGGGGAUUUCACUCCCUAUUUCCGUCAUCAUUCCUCAAAUAAAGCGUCUCUGUCCCUUCUCUGAGACAAUUGCUAGUUUCUGCUAGUCCGAAAGUUCUUCGCAGAGGAAAUUGGCUGUCAAAUGUCAAUGGCUGCGUUUUCUCCCUCACAACACUCCUUUACCAGCUCCCAGAUGGAGCAUUCUGGGUCUCAGGGGUUGGAAGUAAAGAUUGAAGCUUCAGCACAAAACGAGCCAGCUGCUACACUCUUAGUUCGUCAUCUUCCUGAGGGCAUCCGCUAUGACACUCUUUCCCGCCUCUUCUCUCACUACGGCGCUUACUCGGUUCGCCCCUGCAGUGGUGGAAGAUUAAGGAACUGUGCGUUUAUUGAUUUCAAAAAUGAUGCAUUGGCUUAUCAAGCUUUGCGCCAGUUGAAUGGGGUCAGGUUUCUUGGUAAAGUUCUAAAAGUUGAGAAAGCCAACAAGAUUAAUGAGGAUCACAGAAGUAAACAAAGUGAGGACCAAGGGAGGAAACAUAAUAUACUUCCAAUACCGAGUGCAAGGGAUACUCACACAUCGGGAACAGACAUUAGUGUUGAGUUGAAGUCGGGAGCAUUUAUAGCUAGUCAGCCAAUUGCUCCAAAACUUGGAGUAGACUACCCAUUUCCUCCUCACUUAGGGUAUGCCUAUCCUUCACCUGAUGGAAACAUCUUGACCAAUAUUGUCAAUGCACUGAUUGCGGUUCCUCGGUUUUACACACAGGUGUUGCAUUUGAUGAACAAAAUGAACAUUCCAGCUCCAUUUCGCAUGGCACUGCCUACCCCUCCUUUACCACCUUCUGAAUCUGCACCAGCUCCACCUCCACUUGUUGAAGCAUAUCAUCAAUCCGCAGAUGUAUCCAGUAGUGAGUCUGAAUUGGAGUCUUCUGACAAGGAUGUAGAUGACAAAGCCUCUUCUCUUGGACCUGUUGUUAAAUCUGGCCGAAAGCGUAGAAGAGAGGCAAUAGUGGGCCCCGCAUUUGAUAAACAAGUUGCUCAUGAAACAGUGGGAUUGAAACUUGCCACCUUGCUUCCAAAGGAAAUCCCUAUUGUAAAGAAGAAAAACUUUAUGCUGCAGAUCAAAAUUGCCCCAAAAGAAGUUCAGAGUGAAGAGAAAGGUAGUAGCAUUGAAGCUGAAUCUGUGGAGCCAGAGCCUCAGACUCCAAAUGAUAAAGCCUAUGCAGCUCCAGAAGAAAUACAGAGUAACAAGCUUGUACCUGAGGAAAUCCUAUCAUUGCCGAAGUUCAAGAACUACUCAGUAGGGCAUCCAGCAACUGUACUUUACAUAAAGAACCUUGCAAAGGACGUGGUUGCAGAUGACUUUUCUUAUGUCUUCGGGUCACUCUUUGGGAGUACUGAUGCAGCUAAAAAUGCGCUUAAUGUGAAGCUAAUGCAGGAGGGAAGAAUGAGGGGCCAGGCCUUUGUCACAUUCCCAUCGGUUGAACUUGCACAUCAGGCCCUGAAUCUAGUUAACGGUUACAUGUUCAAAGGCAAGCCAAUGAUCGUUCAGUUUGGGCGGAAUCCUUCAGCCAGCAGCAAGCCUGAUUAAGCAUAAGUCUCCAUUAGGGUCUUUCUUUCUAGGCACAGUUGGCCUGCAUCUUCAAAUGUAAAUUCGUUAGACCGCUGAUAAGUGCAACUCAUGCAAAUGCCUGAAAGCUCAAACCAUCUCUCUGACUUUGAAGUCUAACUUUCACCAAACGCAGGUUCGUAACUGAAUGAUCAGUAAUUCCAUCUAGUUUGCCACUCAUUCUUUUUUUCUUUCGGAAACCCUGAUUCUGACAAGCACAAGAUGUUACAAGUGGCAAGAUUUUGAUCCACACUGAACCGUUUUGAGAUUUAAUCUGAUGGAAUUAAAUCUAUAUUGUACGGUCCAGAUCUUUUACCCGGCCGAGUAAGUGAAUUAAGAGUUAAUGGUCGA